AUGAACUACGUCCAACUCGAAAAGCUCGGUGAGGGCACCUACGCUACUGUCUACAAGGGUCGAUCUAGGCUCAAUAACGAGAUCGUGGCCCUCAAGGAGAUUCACCUCGAUGCUGAAGAGGGAACACCGUCCACUGCGAUCCGCGAAAUCUCGCUCAUGAAGGAGUUGCGCCACACCAACAUCGUACGCCUGUACGACGUCAUUCAUACCGAGUCCAAGCUCAUGCUCGUGUUCGAGUACAUGGAGCAGGACCUGAAAAAGUACAUGGAGAUUCAUGGCCACCGAUGCGCCCUUGAUCCAGUCACAACACGAUCCUUCAUGUUCCAACUGCUCAAAGGAACAGCCUUCUGUCAUGAGAAUCGAGUGCUGCACCGCGAUCUCAAACCACAGAACCUGCUCAUCAACAAGCGUGGCGAGCUCAAGCUGGCCGACUUUGGUCUGGCUCGUGCCUUUGGUAUUCCCGUCAACACCUUUUCUAACGAAGUCGUCACUCUGUGGUACCGUGCACCUGAUGUGCUGCUAGGAUCGCGUACUUAUUCGACCUCGAUCGACGUUUGGAGCGCAGGCUGCAUCAUGGCUGAGAUGAUCUCUGGGCUGCCACUCUUCCGUGGACGUGACAACAAUGACCAGCUCAACCAAAUUUUGCGCAUCCUCGGCACGCCAGACGACAAUACAAUGAAGAGACUCGUUAACGACUCGCCCGAAAUCCAGAUGCGAGCUUUCCCUCGAGUUCCCAGAGUGCCCUUCCAGAACAUGUUCCCCAAAGCACACCCUCUCGCAAUCGAUUUGCUUGACAAGCUGCUCAAGUUCGACCCAACGCAACGCAUUUCUGCCGAUGAAGCGCUUCGACACCCCUACUUCACCACCUCGGCGGCGAUCGCUGGCCUGACACACCCGCAAAGCAACAGCCAGCUCAACGUCGGCAAUGGCGGUGCGCCUCAGCAAGGAGCGUAUCAGCAAGGUGUUCCAGGACAGUAA